AUGGAUAUUAGGGGUAGAAAGAUGAGGAAGCCACCUGCUUGUGUGCAGUGUAGGAGACGUAAGAUUGGCUGUGAUCGUGUGAAACCUGUUUGUGGGAAUUGUAACAAAUCGGGGAAAUAUGAUUGUUUCUUUCCAGAUGUUCCAGGUAUGUAUACGCCAUCGGUGUCAAACUAUGAGAGAAAAACGACACCAAAGGUCAGCAAGGCUCAGGUAGCGAUGGAUCAUCAUGUGAGAGAGUCAUUACUUCAUAAGAAUGAUCAGCAUAUGGGAUUGAAAGCGCUGGAGCAGAUGAGGGACUACAACACCAGAUUGCAACUGUUGAAUGCUCAAAGUGGUAUGUUUGAGUCAAGUGCAAAUGGCAACGAGUAUAGUGGGAUGGGCGGUGAUAAUGAAAGUAAUCCGUAUAUCCCUGCAGGUUAUGAAGAUUAUCAGUUGUUGAUGAGUUACUACGGGACUCCAGCAGAGUUUGAUUUGAUGAAAUCACGUUAUUCCCAAGAAGAGAUUCUUCUUAAAGAAAUGGAAUUCUUAGAAGAAAAAUUGGUAGAAGUGUCAGAUCUAUAUAAAGAAAAUGAAGAAUUGGAUAAAUUGAAUGAAGAUAUUAAAAGACAGCGCAAUAAAAAGAAAUCAACCUCCAUAACAACAAAUAAUGAUGAACUUAUUUUCAAAAAAUUAAAAGAACAAUCGAAAAGACAAGCAGCAAGGGUCCCUACAGAUGAUAGUGAUAUGAAUACUUCAGAUAUAGGAGACGAUGCACAUAGCAACUGUAAUGAAACGACAGAAUUUUCAGAGGAUAACGUCGAUAAAUUUAAAGUCAUCGAUCCAAAUUUUAUAAAUAAACAAGAAAUUUUUGCAAUUGGUAAUAAUGUUUGCGUUAAAUCAGGGGUCAAUGAUGUCCUACCUUUGUUUGAUAAUAGAAAUAAAGUGUUUGACAAACAAUUCUUAAUCUAUCGUGAUAGACAUUUGGCCAGAUUUUAUAACACUUUACACAAUUUAAACAAAACGCACUUCACGAAGGAAUUCAAAUUAUGGGAAGACGUUAGAUCAAUGAAAUCGUUUCUAGAGAAAAAUGUAACAACUAUAAGAUUACCAGAACGUGCAUUGAUGCAAGAAAUGAUUAUCAAAUAUACAGAAUUAGUCCAAGUGUCCGGAUCCAUGAUCCCUGUCCUAAAAUCGAAAAAUGAGCUUCUAUCAUCCAUUGAACAAUUAUUUUCUACAGCAACACAAUUUAUUUUGAUGGAGCAAAGUAUCGAAAAUCUUUUAGCGCUAUUUAAUAUUAAUAUGUGUUUAUUGUUAACGUUCGAAUCUCUUUCUUCCACUGUGUUGAUCCCUCUGAAGGAAGAGGAAUUGAAAAACUACCAAGAGUUGAAAAAUUGGGUACCUACAUUGAAGGCUAAUAUGGAGUACAUGAAAACAGAAUUAGAAUCCAGAAAAAAUUACGAAUCAAUCGAAGUACUAAAAGUAAUUUCAUUAUACAAAUUUUACAGAAUGAUCAGUUCAAAUUAUAAUAAUAUGGUUGACUAUGAUGAGGAUAUCUACUUAGCUAGAAAAUUAGCGUUAAAUUACGAGUCCAAAAAUGCCGAAGCAAUUAUACUUUGGAAUUUCAUCUUCAAAAACUAUUGUCUCAGACAUUUGUUUGGUGGUGAGACGCCAAAUUUGGUUUCCGGCCCUGAGUUAAAUUCGUCUAUUGUUAUUGAUCCAUUAUUAGCUAACAAUAUCCCUCUAUUGAGCUUUCAAAUGGAUAUUGUAGCUUACUUGCAUUCGAAAGAUUUCCUUAUCUCUAUGGAAAAACUUAAAAAAUUCAAACAAACUUAUAAAUUUAAAUUAAAUGAUGCCAAUAAAAGAGGCACUGAUACAGCUUCUACUCUACAGAAUGUUAUUGACUCUACAAUUUAUCGUAACAGUGUUCUACUAUUGGACAAUUAUAUGCUGAUACAAUACGAGUCCUUGGGUGAGGUAGAUUUGUUUGAAGACAUCUUAAAUGAGUUUUUAAAGUUGACUCAAGAGAGUUUAUUUUACGCAUUUUCUAACCUGGCUACCUUAAAGUUUGCUGGGUUUGAAUUUUUAUUUGCAAACUUUUCAUUCAAUUUAUUAGAUAAUAUAUGCCAUAUGCUUUUGAGUUUGCACCAACGUACUGCUGUAGCAUGCAAUAUCAUAAAUGAUAGCACAGACGCAACAAAGAAAGUUUUAUUACAAACUUUAAUGAAUACUUUAAAAGAUGUGUUAAGCAAACUUAUGAUGUUAUUAGAUGAUUACAAGAAAAAUCUGAAGUAUAUCGACCAAAAUAUUUCCAAAAUAUUAUCUAAAAUGAAAGUUAUUAUUGAAUAUCUUGAAAAUAAAGAUUCGAUCAAAAACAGAGAUCAAGAUCAAUUCAUUGACGUUUUAUCUCAAAUUGCAGAUAACAAGCUAGAACAGAUAAAUACAAAAAUGAUCAGCAUUUCAGAAUCCUUGAUAAAGACUGAUUUCUACAGCAAGAGAGAUAAAUACGAAAAAGUUGAUUCGAUUACAUUAGGCAUUACACCAGGAAAUUAUUCAAACGUCUUCAGUGCUUUCUUCCCAUAA